UGCUAUACAGGCACCGGAGAAUAUUUUCGCGGAUCCGUCGCUACUAGUGAAAGCGGCAAAGCUUGUGUGCAAUGGGAUAGUGUUUCGUCACCCUAUAACACUCGCAACUACCCACACUCCCAGCUAAAUUCCAAUCAAUGCCGAAACCCUGGUGCAAAUCGAAAUAGACCAUGGUGCUACACAUCAUCAAAGACUGCAGUUUGGGAAUAUUGUAGUAUUUCAGCUUGU